AUGCCUCCAUUAUUCUGUCAGACCCAACUCUUCCUUUGGCCAGCUGCCUUCCGUUCCCAACCAGCGCACAUCACCAUCAAUACUCAUAAAGGAACCGUCUCAAAACUCCCUUCGCUCUGGUUCCUACCACAACAUUUAUUUUACGACACUCUUUCGCACACACCACUUACUCCCACUACAUCUACGACAGAAUCGAACAACCCCUCUAUCAUUGUUCGAAGAACGGAUCGAACCUCAUACAAACAAACCAGUCGCGUCGAGCAUACACUCAUCGAUAUAAUGCAGCGCUCGUCCCCGGCUCCUCGGGGCCCUCGCAACUCUUCUCCUAGUAUUCGUGGCAGAGGUGGAAUUCAAAAGCGCAAGGCUGGUCCCACUAGGUUGGACAGAGAUGGGGAUCUGGUCAUGGAUGCCGCCGCAGCAGGAGAAAAGCGCCGAUCUGGCAGAGGGCAUGUUGGUUCGGAUACACCAUCUAGAGGCCAAGGGAACGGACGUGGAAGGGGGGGGCAAGGUCGUGCUGCAAGUCAGAAACUGUUGCAAGCUCAGGCGGCCAUUGUGCGUGGUCUGAACGCCAAACUGCCCCAGGCCAACGUUUUAGAAUCUCGAAUAACCUCUACGGACUCUGCGCUCCAGAUCGAUGGCUUGAGCUCAAGCAAGGCAGCGUCAAAUCCAGAUGGAGGGGUGGAAAGCCUGCUCGCCUUCUUAGAGCGAAAGGCGAGUGCACACGACCCAAAAUCGAAACCUGUGAAGAUAAAGAAGUCACUCAAAAAAGGUGGCUCGGUCAUUAUCACUGCCAGUCCGGAUGACGUUUUAGCGAUACAGAAGUUGAACGGCUACUCCUUUGCUGGGGCGGAUUUGAGCAUCACGGCCUGUGAACCGCCGUCCUCGAGACUGGAAAAGCCAAAGGACGAAGUUUCCGUCAGCGCUCAGGAGACGAAAGAACGUCUUCGUGGUGUUCUGGCUUCCAGAUAUGACGCCAACCUUAAGCUACUGAAUCUAGCAGCCCUGGCUCAAGACCCGGGGCUGAUACAAAUGGGGGUAUUUGAUGGCAGUACAACAACAUCCAAAAUCUUCCCUGCGCUCAUGGUAGUAUGCGAUGGAUUGUUCAAAACUCGAAGCGAGAAAAGGGAGGCCAUUGUCAGUGUCACAUUAGCAGACAACGAUCUGGUCGAUGUGAAGGAUGUUGCAGCUCUCGCACAAACUUUUCCGGACAUCAAAAAUCUUGAUCUUUCAAGAAACAAAAUUGCACAACUCAGCUCACUCGAUGCCUGGGGAACACGAUUUCGAGAUCUCGUCACCCUUAUUCUUACUGGAAACCCGAUCGAACCAUCACUACCCGCCAUCAAAUCCGACCUCGUCAAAAAAUACCCUCACCUAGAGAUACUGAAUGGAGUUCAGUUCCGUACUCCAGAGGAGAUUGCCUCUACCAUAGAGGCAACAAAAUAUCCUAUACCAUUACAAACACCUGACUUCCGAGAUGUUGGCCAGGUUGGGGAAAAUUUUAUCAGACAAUUUGUUGCUCUUUACGACAGCAAUCGGUCUGCGUUGCUAACAAACUUUUACGACGAUGAAUCCGUGCUCUCGCUAGCAAUCAACAUGGCAGCUCCACGGAACCCAAAGCAAAUUCUGCCCAUUGCUCCUUGGGCACCUUACUUGAAAUAUUCAAGAAAUCUUGUCAGGGUCAAUAACCUCCCAACACAGAUGAGUCGACUCCACCGUGGAAGCCAGGCAAUCAAUACUGUCUGGUCUGCACUUCCUGCGACCCGCCAUCCUGACCUCCAAACACAACCCGAGAAAUACCUUAUCGAGUGCCAUUCUUUACCCGGUCUAGUUGAUCCAAAUGGACAAAGCGCACGCGGAGUCGACGGCUUGAUCAUCACCAUGCAUGGAGAAUUCGAGGAGGAAAACGAUAAACCAGAACAAGCACUCCGAAGCUUCUCUCGCACAUUCGUAUUGGGCCCUGGAGGACCCGGAGGGCCAGCCAUAAGAGUCAUUAGUGACAUGAUGACUCUGAGAGCCUGGGGACCUUUAGCCUUACCACGAGUCGCCGCCGUAGGAGGAGUACCAUUGGAAGCUGCGCCCGCUGUGACUGAACAACAACAACAAGAAGCUUUUGCCCAACAGCUUGUUCUGAGGACUGGCCUUACUUUACAGUAUGCCAUACUUUGCCUCACCGAGACUGGUUGGGAUCUAGAAAAGGCAUUUGUUGCAUUCGAAGCGAAUAGGCACAAACUGCCCACUGAAGCCUUUGCAAAUAGUAAUUUCCAAUAA